AUGAGCGAAAGAAGCAAGGAUCCAGUCACUGAAGUAGAGACCUCAAAUCUGAAGCGCGAGAUCCCAAGCAUCAUCGAGGAAUCAAAUUCAGAGUCGAAGAGACAAAAAACUGAAGCUGAAGUAUUGGGUGAAGAAAGCAAGCGAAACGACAGUGGAAGGGAAGAGAAGCAGCAAAAACAGCAACAAAUUGCGACGGGGAAGGAGUUUAAGAUUGAAGCCAAUGCGGCGGAGGAUAAAGGAUCGAGGCAUUCCAUGGAGGAUGCUUGGGUUGUGUUACUCGACGCUAGCUUGGAUUCUCCUCCUGCAAAUUUGAGAUGCGCGCAUUUUGCAAUAUAUGAUGGACAUGGAGGGAGGUUAGCAGCUGAGUAUGCACAGAAGAAUUUACAUAAAAAUGUUCUCUCUUCUGGCUUACCACGUGAGUUGUUGGAUGUGAAAGCUGCCAAAAAGGCCAUACUUGAUGGUUUUCAGAAAACUGACGAGUCUCUCCUUCGAGAAAGCACUUCAGGAGGAUGGCAAGAUGGUGCUACGGCUGUGUGUGUAUGGGUAUUGGGACAAAAAGUUUUCAUUGCUAACAUAGGGGAUGCAAAAGCAGUCUUAGCCCGAUCAUCUAGUACUGAUGGAUCACAGAAUCAUCCAGAUGGAGUAAGUCCACUGAAGGCCAUUGUUUUGACAAGGGAACACAAAGCCAUAUAUCCACAGGAACGUGCUCGAAUACAAAAGUCUGGUGGAAGUGUGAGUUCAAAUGGUCGAUUACAAGGUCGCCUUGAAGUUUCAAGGGCUUUUGGAGAUCGCCAAUUCAAGAAGGUAGGUGUUGUAGCAACUCCAAAUAUUCAUUCUUUUGACCUCACAGAGAGAGAGCAUUUUAUUAUUCUUGGUUGUGAUGGCCUUUGGGAGGUAUUUGGACCAAGUGAUGCUGUUGAAUUUGUUCAGAAAUUAUUGAAGGAAGGCUUAACUGUUGCAGCUGUGAGCCACCGUCUUGUAAGGGAAGCUGUUCUUGAGCGGCGCUGCAAAGAUAAUUGCACUGCAAUUAUCAUUGUUUUCAAGCACAGUUAA